AAUUAAACCGAACCAGAGACCUGCUGCUUAUUGCACUGCUAUCAGGCAUGGAACGAAAACUGAUUGGGAAUUUUUAUGGGAACAAUAUUAUAAUUCAAAUUCAGCAUCUGAACAAGCAGUCAUACUGCAAGCUCUUGGCUGCACUCGAGAUUCCAGUCUUUUGGAAAGAUACCUCUUGAGUGCACUUACGAGCUUUGAAAAAAAUAGAAUUCGCAAACAAGACAGUACAUCCGUGUUCUCUGCAGUUUCUGGCUCCGGAUACGACGGUGCUGUGUUUACUUUGAAUUUCGUGGACAAGCACCAUGCAGAGAUGAAGGAAUAUUACAAUGGAACAGACACGAUCGCUAGCAUCUUGUCAUCUGCGUCGCAAGGGUUCUCAACACAACAGUCUGUUGACAAAUUCGAAGACCUAAUCAACAACCACCAAUCGGAGUUCAAAGAUAUCAUGGGUUCUCUGAAUAAUUCUCUGGAUAUUGCAAAAUACGAAUUACUCCAGUUCAACUCGUUCAAGGAUGAAAUAAAAACUUGGAUAAACGAUUACAACAACAGAAACGAAAGAGACAUCGAAACUGGUUAUCGAUUGCCCAAGAACGUAGUACCUUUAACGUAUUUCAUCGAUGUCGAACCAAACAUCGAAGAGGGUGGAAACCAAUUUACAUUCUCUGGAUCAGUGAAAAUUGCAGCACAAAUCAAAGAAAGGACGAAAUCCAUCGUUUUACAUUCCUCGAAUCUGGUCCACAAAGAUAUUUCCGUUUUUGUGGAGAAUAAGAAACUCAAUACGCGCUACAGCACGAGCAACAAAUACGAUUUCUUGACCAUAGCGUUUGACGAAGAAUUGACAGUUGGGGAAAAAGUGGAUAUUGUAGUUGAUUUUGAAGGCACGCUGAACGACAGGAUGCGUGGAUUUUAUAGAAGCUGGUAUGCGGACGAUAUGGGCAAGAAAAG